GCCCUCUGAUACAGAUAUCGUUUCGGGUAGUCACACAGCGAGGAAGUCGCUCCACCCUGCGCAACGACACAACGAGCUCGUCCCGGAUUGCGAUUUUUUUGCGACGGGGUGUACACUUGGCGAACGGGGGAGAAGCUUAGAUCAGCCGAGUGUGUCACCCCCGGAUAGGAGCGUUGUCGAAGGCCGCCGGUUGGAGGCUUCCAACUUCGGUCGUGGCUCACGUCUUUCUAUCCGACAACUCCUACUCUUGAAUUGUCGCCGGGAGUUUGCGAUGGAAAGUAACGACCGGCAGUGGCACUCGAGAUGGGUGUGGGUGUUUCUCAUGAUGGCCUCGACGGCCUCGGCCCUUACGCUCUAUAACUUCCAACCCAUCACCUCGGCGGCCGUCCCUCUCAGCUGCAUCCUCGCCUACAACUCACGCAUCCCCGGCUGUAAGAUGGACGACUUCGUUAAGGGGAAUACGUGCUCGGCCGCCUGCGUGGGGGGCCUGACUAGGGUGCAGUCCACCCUCCAGGCUGUGUGCAGCGACGCCGAUGUUCCGCCAACGUCGGUAUUGGGACAGGCGUUGCUGGGAAAUCUGGUGCAGUUGCUCUGUCCAGGUACAGGUACAUCCCCGGAUGAUUCAACGUCCAGCUCGGCAUCCGUCACCGUCACUAUUACGCGCACCUCUAGUAGGUCGGCGCUCAUUCUCACCACAGUUUCUUCCACCGCGACGACCACGGCCGCUGCGACGCAGACGGAGGAGCCGGACACGUCAACCACUAGCCCCUCGACAACGACUGCCACCCCAGACACGCUCAGCCAGACGUUCAUCCAAUCACCGGCCCCGACGAGCGUGCUCGCGACCACUUCAACCACCACCAGCGCUCCCGAGCAGACCUCCGAGAGCCCAAGAAGGGGUGGCGGCGGCAGCCCGUUUGACCCGGUAGUACUGCACAACGACUCGGCGGCGCUUACUGCUCGUUGGGUCACAGCGGCACUUGUCUCGUUGGGUCUCUGCCUACUACUUCUGCAUUAGAUCACGGGUGGCAUAGGGUGGAAUUGGCGCGAUGUUUUCAUACGGAGUGAUGGGCAUUGAUUGUACAACAUUGAACGACUGCACACUGGGCUGGCUAGAGGCGGAGAUGCAUGUGUGUUACGCCGAGCGCAGAUGGGUCA